GCUCACAAAUCCAAGCCGUCUCCCGCUGUAAUUCACUCGGAUUCUUGUUUACAGGUAAAAUUGCGAAUUGUGAAUCUAGCGAGGGCAUUUAAAGGAUUUCGUCUGGGUAGAGCUAAACCGCCAUUUCCCCCCCCCACUCUCUAGCUUUCCUCCGCUUUGCAUCUUCCACCGCGAAAGGUUGGAGAGAGCUUGAAAGUUGAAAGCAUCUCCAUUAUUUAGAGCGAGACAGAGACAGAAAGAGAGAGAGUGGAGGGCAAAACAGGGGAAGCCAAGCCAAUACCAGCGAGUAAGUGGUGGUGCUGGUGGCGGCGGAGGGGGUGAAAUUGAGCGAGAAUAGGCGAGAAAAAUCGGAUGCCAAUCUCUGAAGUCGAGACGCACAGGGCGGCCAACAGGUCACACCGGGCAGCGAGACAGCCGCCGGCCGCUCGGACGCCGGCGGGGAAGCGAGUCCCGUUGCGACUGUUGCUGCAAGUGACGUCGAUUGCCGGCGGGAUACAAUUCGGAUGGGCGCUGCAGCUCUCUCUCCUGACUCCGUACGUCCAGGAGCUGGGAAUUCCGCAUGCCUGGUCCAGUGUGAUAUGGCUGUGCGGGCCACUGUCGGGCCUGAUAGUCCAGCCGCUGGUGGGCCACUUGAGCGAUCGAUGCACCAGUCGAUUCGGCCGGAGGAGGCCCUUCAUCGUCGCCGGCUCACUGCUCAUCUCCUUCUCCGUCCUCAUCAUCGGUCACUCCGCCGAUAUCGGCUGGCUGCUCGGGGAUAGAGGCGAUUUCCGCCCCAGAGCGAUCGGAGCCUUCGUUUUCGGGUUUUGGAUUCUUGAUGUUGCCAAUAACAUGACCCAGGGCCCUUGCAGAGCUCUCCUCGCCGACAUGACUGGGAAAGAUCACCGCAGGACUCGAGUGGCGAAUGCUUAUUUCUCACUUUUCAUGGCUGUUGGCAAUAUCCUUGGCUUUGCUACUGGGUCAUUCAGUGGUUGGUACAAAAUUUUCCCCUUCACGGUUACAGCUGCAUGUGACGUGGACUGUGCCAAUCUUAAGUUUGCUUUCUAUCUUGAUAUUGUCUGUAUUAUGACCACCGCCUAUAUAAGCAUUUCAUCUGCUAAAGAACCCUCAAUUGGGUUGUUGUCUCAAGGAUCGAUACCUGCUACUGAAGAAGCAGUGGAAGUGUCUGGCCAUGCAGAAGAGGCUUUCCUCUGGGAACUGUUUGGGACUUUCAGAUACUUCCCAGCAUCUGUUUGGACUAUAUUGCUAGUUACUGCCCUGAAUUGGAUUGGUUGGUUUCCAUUUCUUCUCUUUGAUACUGACUGGAUGGGGCGAGAAAUCUUUGGAGGCGACCCAGAUUCAGGACCAAGUUAUAGUGCUGGAGUCAGAAUGGGAGCAUUUGCUCUCAUGUUGAAUUCGGUUCUAUUAGGAAUAACGUCGGUGCUGAUGGAGAAGAUCUGCAGGAAAUGGGGAGCUGGCUUCAUAUGGGGACUCUCAAACAUCUUUAUGGCUCUAUGUUUCCUUGCAAUGCUUAUAAUUGCAUAUGUAGCCUACCAUAUCGGCUAUUAUGGUGAAGGUGAUGCUCAACCGCCAGUUGGCAUUCUUAUUGCCGCACUGAUUGUUUUUGCACUUCUUGGAAUUCCAUUGGCAAUCACAUAUAGUGUUCCAUAUGCGCUAGUGUCGUCACGCAUUGAGCCUUUGGGGCUUGGCCAAGGGUUGUCGAUGGGUGUCUUGAAUUUGGCAAUCGUCGUUCCACAGGUUCUGGUCUCACUGGGAUCUGGUCCAUGGGAUCAACUGUUUGGUGGUGGAAACUCACCAGCCAUAGCUGUGGGAGCUUUGGCAGCACUUAUCGGUGGAUUGAUUGCUAUCUUGGGGAUUCCUCGUUUCACUACUCAGAAGGCAAGGGUUCUUCCAUGAGUUCGUUACCCUCCCUCUUCAAUUGAACUGCAUCCAACUGGUGGUGGGGAGUUUUAAAAUUUGGGGGAAUUGCGAGCCUACAUCCGAAUGUGUUGGAGCUUCAAGAUGCAGCAUAAGUGUUAGGAUAGAUACCCCAAUUUUAUACAGCAUACUGCUUGGUUGCACAGGAUGGAAAAACCGAGCUCCAUUUUAGCUUUAGCAUAGAAUGAAUGAUGUAUGAAUGAGUCAGAUAGCAGCAAAAGGUAAAAAGUGAGUUUGAUAUACAUACUGAAGAUAAGAAGGGGGCUGCAAUGUCAUUAGGAGAGAAAAGGGGAAGUGUUUAAUAGGGAGCCGGGGUUCUUGGUCCAAAGCAUCUUCUUUCUUGGGGUGGCAAGGCUUGCUCGAAACUGACUGAACGAAUUGGGUGGGGGUGGAAUUGUGGUUGAUGGUGAGCAACAGUUGAUUUUUAUUAUGAGUUGUUCUGAUUGAAACAAUGAUGGAGACAUGUCUUUUGUGCUCUAUUUCUUUCUUUCCUUCCUUCAUUUUGGCGUUUCAUUUAUAAUAAUAAGAAGGAGAAUGUGAUUGGUCUUUUAUGGAAGGUGUAAGUUGUUUUUUAUUACA